CCCUGCAGCAACGGCAGCAGCUGGAGCGGAACCAUUAAGAGGAGCAGCCGCAACAGCGAAGCAGCAGUGAUAAUGUCUGAUACGUGCGAUCAACUCGACACCUGCGGGCUUCCGUGCCCAGCAGAGUGGAUACCUAAAGCUGAUCUGGUCGAGGUCUACGGGGUGGCCGUGAUCGUGUCUAUCGCGUUCUUCGUGUCCAUCGGUGUCGCCACCAUAUUCCUCAUCAAGGGCAAGGUGGAGAACUUCUUCGUGGGAGGUCGGAGCUUGCCCCUCUUCGUCAUUGCGCUUACUCUCGCCUCCCAAAGUAUCGACUCCAACGCCACCCUCGGCAACGCCGACCUCGCCUACAAAUUCCACUACUGGGAUGGGGCUGUCCUUCCAAUGGGACUUGGUCUUAGCCUGGUCAUCAACGGCCUCUUCAUUGCGCGCCACAUCAACGAGGCCCAAUGCCUCACUCUGCCUGACUUUUACGGGAAGGCCUGGGGCCCCGCCGUGGAAGUGCUGGUAUCCCUUUUGACGUGUAUCUCUUUCAUCUGCCUCCUCGCGGGAAACCUGGUGGGCCUGUCGAUCAUCAUCCGCUUCCUGUUCGGCGGGGAGCUCGCAACGAGCGUGUUCAUCGCUGGCAUUGUCACCAUGAUCUACACGGGUGCCGGCGGCCUCCUUUCCGUCGCCUACACGGAUGUUGCACAGGCCUCUCUUGGCCUUAUCGGACUCUUGACCACCUCCGCCUGGAUGCUAAGCAACAGGAGCCCCGACCACCCCGGGCCGAGCAUUGGCUUCCCCGGUUACCUCUACCCCGAUGACGCCACGUGCGAGGCCUACGAGGGGGUGCCCGCCGUGUACACAGAGGGGGCAUGCAUGUACAACGAGGACGUCUGGGGGCCCGACGGCAUGGACAAUGGCGCCUACCCCUUCGGAGACAAAGCCGUGUUCAAGGACGGCAUGAUGGACAUCGAUGCCUACAACCCAUUCCCCAACGCCAUUCUCUUCAACUGGGCCACUAUCUUCGUGCUUGGGUUCGGCAACCUCGCUGCACUUGACUUCCAGGCUCGUUGCAUGGCUGCCAAAUCACCCACGAUUGCCACUAUGGGUAACUUCAUCGCUGCUGGAUUGACGUUCAUCGUGGGCAUCACCUUCUCUUUCAUGGGUGGCUACACCCGUCUCAACUACGGCCCUGACAGCCAGUUCGCGUCCUUUACGGUCGACACGUGCUCCAAGUUCCUAGACCUUCCCACUUGCGCUGCCUGGGAACCUGACACCACCGCCUUCCUCAAGCUCACCACUACACAGCUGCCGACCUUCCUUGGAUGCUGGGUGCUGAUCGGUAUCUGCGCAGCUUCGAUGUCGACGUCCGACGGUGCUAUUCUCGCCAUCUCCACCGUCCUCUCGCACAACAUCGCGCGUAAGGCCAUUCCCGGAGGUGAUCGGUUCAGUGACAUCAAGCUGCUCACGAUCGUGCGCGUCAGCAUAAUCCCCGUAACCUUGAUUGCUUGUAUCGUGGCCUCAACAUACAAUGAGACUGGAUACCUACUGAUCGUGGCCUUCGACAUCGUGCUCGCUGGAUGCAUCGCCCCCCUCUUUGCCGCGAUCUACUUCAAGAAGUCGGUGACUCCUGGAGGGGCUCUCGCGGCCGUCCUGUUCGGCUCCAUCCUUCGCGCUAUCCUGGAGUUUGCCUUGCCCAAGGAUGGCCUCCUCGCCAUCCCGCACGGUGAAUUCAACUUCGACUACGGCCCCGGCGAGGUCGGACCUCUGCCUACGUUCUUUGAUGCCCCUGCUUCCGACCACUGGGACCCCGAUACAUGCAACAUGCCGCGCAUGGAGGACUGGACCGGGCUCGACUCGCUGCUAUCUCCCGUGAUCAGCGUUUUUGUGAUGUUCCUUUGGUCCUUCAUCGAGAGGAAAAUGGACCGCACGCUGUGGACCUGCCUCCCUGCUCACUGGCUGGACCCCGGAUACACCCUAAACAAGACCAGCACCCUCGACGUGUCCAAGACGUCUACGAUUGCUUGUGACUCGUGUGUGGCUGCAGUUCCCCUCAGCUAAGGAGAUCGUAGUCACAGACCAGGACAGCCCUCGAGAGCAUGCUGCGAAAUGGGAAGAACAGCCGCGAUUGUUUUUGUCGAGAAACGCUGAGGAACCGCUCGGAGGAGGAAAGAAAAGAUCUGAAUAGAAAAUCUUGCCCGUAGCGUUGUUGAGGGGGGAGGGAGAGGUCGUCGGGUACGGAAUCCGGCGUUGUUGCUAUCACAAAGAUGAAAAGGUUGGGUGUUCGCGACGGCGACAACACAUGUACAGGAAUGGGAUUACGGCAACACUUGGCCAUACCAGUAGUCGAUUGUGCUGUCUGUAUGUCGUGGCCUUGGCUGCGGGGUGGGGUGCCCCGCCAUUUAUCGCUCGCUUGGGUUUCCACUUGCAUUUUUUCUGGGCGGCCUUGACCACGUUUGAUGCGUUCGUCACAGCAACAUUCCCAGCAGUGGCAGAAGCAGUGGCAGCAGCGGCGGCGCAGGCGUUUGGAUGAUUGCAUUGCGGGUAAUACUACCUCGAGAAGCUGGCUCUGUUGUCGGUACAGACAAUUUUCCGUGUGCGCGCUCUUCACGCCGUUGCCUGGUAGCUGUGUUUUUUUUUUUUCGCUCGUCCUCGAUUCUCUCCUUGAACGUCUGAUGGCUGCAGUCCCGCCAACGACACCACCUUUCGUAGCGCUACUCGUGUUUGAAAGGGCGCCACUCACGGAGGAUGUCCGGGUCAUCCACGAUUUACUUUACAUGAUAACAUGGUAGGUAGAUUUGGAAGGUUACCGUCUACCGUCAACUGUAGCGGCACGUUUGGGGUUCGAUCCCCACCAGUACCAAUGAUAUCCCACACAUGGACUCCGGGCCUGGUGCGCUAGAAUUGUUGGGAGUCGUAAGCGGUGUUUUGGCAGAGCCUGUUACCGCUCACGGCAACACAGUAAUUGGUUUCAAUGAGCUAGUCGGCGGAGGUGUGUGGGGGGGUGUAGGAUAAUCGUAUUGGUGAGGGUAGCUUUUUCUUAUCAUCAAGUCAACGAAGUCGCGCAGCAGCCGUUCGUACACGCCGGCGUUGACGCGGAAAUACUACGGCAGAUCACAGGAGGUGUAAUUAGUUGUUCAUGUGCUACAAAAAUAUUAGAUCAUCUUUUGUUGCUUUUUCUGCCCGAGAAGAAUAUGAGCAAAGCUCCAGUCUGGCGUCGCCGUCUGUCUACUGUACGCUACCGUUCUGCUAGAUGUUUCAUGACCUGGUGACUCACAUCCAUGAGGAAAGCAACGGCCGAACUAUUGGAGGCUGGAACGGAAUAUCCCCUAUUAAUUUGCAUUCCUGGUCAUACCUACCGAUUGUUCGUGAUGUAGACUACGUGGGUUUUGAUCACACACGCGUUGGGAAAGGGGGUUGGUUCUGUCGGGCGACAGGUGGUGCAAGCCGGUCAGUCGGUUGUUGUUUGUGGCGUUGCGCGCUCGCCGGUAGAUCUGCCGUUGUUUAGUGAUUUUAUCCCCCACGCGCGGUCAGAAGGCAAUUUUAGUAAUCGGGACGCGGUUUAAUGUACGUAUCUGCCCGAGGUAAGAACUGUGGCACAUUGACAUAUCUCGUGCGGGUUACAAUAGUUUUUGUGGAGUGUCGCUAAUUUUGUUUUGGCCGUUUUUUCAUCAUCUUCAGAACCAUCUGAAAGUUGAUUUCCUAAGACAAUACGCUUUUCCCCGCCCAAGGGCCCGACUUGUUCAACCAAAUCCUC